CGUCCAACUUAGAAGCCACCAUGUCUUGCCGCUCUUUUCGGGUCAGCUCUGGCCGCCAUGUUGGCAACUUCAGCUCCUGCUCAGCAGUGGUUCCCCAGAAUUUGAACCGUUACCAUGCCAACUCAGUCUCCUGCCGAAGUGGUGUCAGCUCUCGGGGAUUGGGUGCUUUUGGAAGCCGGAGUCUGUACAAUUUUGGAUCCUGUUCACCCCGAAAGGUGGCAGUGAGCUCUUAUCCCUGUGGGACUGGCUUUAGAUCUGGUAGCAGGAUCGGUUUUGGAACCGGCAGUGGCAUUGGCUUUGGCUUUGGGUCUAGCAGUGCAUCCUGCUUUGGGGCUGGUAGCAAUAUUGGCUUUGGAGCUGCUGGCAGCAUUGGCUUUGGGGCUGGAAGUUGCAUUGGCUUGGGACCCAGUGGCAGCAUUGGCUAUGGGUUUGGCAGACCUGGUUUUGGGUAUAGAGUUGGCGGAAUCGGAGUCCCGGCUGCCCCUUCCAUCACAGCUGUGACUGUCAACCCAAGUCUGCUGACACCUCUCAACCUGGAGAUUGACCCCAGUGUUCAGAGGGUGAAGAAGGAUGAGAAGGAGCAGAUCAAGACUCUGAACAACAAAUUUGCUUCAUUCAUUGACAAGGUUCGAUUCCUGGAACAGCAAAAUAAGCUCCUAGAGACCAAGUGGAACUUUCUCCAAGACCAGAAAUGUGUUAGGAGCAACCUGGAGCCACUCUUUGAUGCCUACAUCACCAAUCUGAGGCGGCAGCUGGAUAUGGUCAGCAGUGAUCGAGCCCGGCUAGAUGCUGAGAGGAACCACUUACAGGAUGUCCUGGAGGGCUUCAAGAAGAAGUAUGAAGACGAGGUAGUAUGCCGGGCCAAUACAGAGAAUGAUUUUGUGGCUCUGAAGAAGGAUGUGGAUACAGCUUACUUAAAUAAGUCUGACCUGGCCACCAAUGUGGAAGCCUUAAUGCAGGAGAAUGAAUUCCUGAGAGCACUGUAUGAGGAGGAGAUCAGGUUGCUCCACUCCCAGAUCUCAGAAACAUCUGUCAUUGUGAAAAUGGACAACAGCAGAGACCUGGACUUGGAUGGCAUCGUUGCUGAAGUUAAGGAACAAUAUGAGGAGAUCGCCAGGCGAAGCCGGGCUGAUGCUGAAUCCUGGUACCAGUCUAAGUAUGAGGAAAUGAGAGUGACAGCAGGCGUGCACUGUGAUAACCUUCGGAGCACUCGUGAUGAAAUCAAUGAGCUAAACCGUCUGAUCCAGAGGCUGAAGACUGAGAUUGAGCAUGCCAAGGCUCAGAGGGCCAAGAUGGAAGCUGCUGUCGCUGAAGCUGAGCAACAGGGAGAGGCAGCCGUCAAUGAUGCUAAGGUCAAACUGGCUGACCUAGAGGUAGCUUUGCAGCAGGCCAAGCAGGACAUGGCCCGUCAGCUGCGUGAGUACCAGGACAUGAUGAAUGUCAAGUUGGCCUUGGAUGUGGAGAUCACCGCCUACCGGAAACUUCUGGAAGGUGAAGAGAACAGGAUCUGUGAAGGUGUUGGACCAGUGAAUAUAUCUGUGAGCAGCUCCAGAGGUGGCGUGAUCUGUGGCUCAGAACCCUUCGUCUCCAGUUCCUCCUAUGCCCUAGGUGGUGGGCACUGCUUCUCAGGGAGCAGCAAUAUCCAUACCACUACUAGCAGUGGGGUCCUGAGUUCCAGGGGUGUCCGGAGUUCAGGUAGCUCCUGUGGCACGGGUCUGAUCUGGGGGUCGUCUAGGAUCUCUGCUGCAGGUGGGGAUGUGGCAGUCAACAGUGGAGGAAGCACUGUGAUGGUGGGUGAGGCAUGUGCCCCCUGUGUUCCCUGUCUCCCCACUGAGGGUUUCAGCAGCAGUAGUGGUGGCCGGUGUGGCCGCACUUCCACUGUCCAGUUUGUCUCCAAUACUUCGUCCCGUCGAACCAAGUACUGAGUGAAGAACCGAGGAGCCACUACUGCCUGAGAGAGAGAAAGAGAAAGAAAAUCAUGUCUAGGAGUCCUGCAUUGGUCCCAAAAGGUGCCUAAAUAUGGACUUUGUGGAUGAGAUGCCCUUAAACGAAUCCCCAACUCACUCAAUCUGAAUAGGCCAAGAAAUUCUCCCCUCUCUGGAGGAGCUAUCUGUCUUGUAGAUGACAUGGAUAACAACUGGUCCCAGAAUGCCUUUCCCCUGUGUCCCCUGGCAGCUCCCAUCAGUGUGUAGUCAGGAAGAAAAUUACAAUUAAUUUGCCCAUGACAAAUAGGAUUAGGAAAGUGUAUCAUCUGUCAACCAACACAUCUUUCAAAGCCAAAGAAAUAGAGAAGGAGGAAGUGUGGUAGAGUGGAGCCAUCACUGACUCUCUCUGGACUCAGAGGAUCUGUGUUUGAGUGCUGACAGGAUCAAUUAUUAGCCUUGUCAUCUCAGCUAAAUCCCUUUACUGGUUUGAGUUUCAGUUUUCUUAUUUGCUAAAUGUGGAGUGUGAGCUAGAUGAGCCAUCUCCCUAGAAAUCUUUAAACUUAGGAUAUUUUGCAUUCAUUUUAAAUUAUCCCUGCCCCUGCUUCCUUCUCCUUGAAGAACAGUAAUUGAUUGUGCUUGAAACACGUUUCUCUUGUCCACACUCGCCUGGCUUCCUUUCUCUCUCCCAGGAAAAAAUGAAAUCGUUUUUGCCCUCUUUCUCUGAUAAGGGGUUCAGAAGUCUCUGCUCUCCUAGAUCCCUCGGGGUUUGGUCUCUCCCUCAAAGAGAGACUCUUGGCUUGGAGGUUGGGGCUGUCCCCAGGGUGAUUCUCUCAGGAACUGUGUCUGUCCAAUGUGUGUAUGAGUAUUGACUACUAGAUGCCAAAUUUCUCUUGCUGGGCUGUUUGACAUUGUAGGACCUAAAGCCUACAACUGAGUUCUAUUUAGGGCUGUGCUUGCUGUUUCUGAGAAGGAGAGAGUCUCAGGAGGGUGGAGGGAAGGUCCUUGCCCAAAUGAGACCAGUUGGCUGGGUUAUCUCUGGAGGCUUCCUGUCUCUUCUCAGCUCUGGCUAGAGACCUCAGGUUGCUUGCUGGCCUCAGGAAGGUCUCUAUCAAGCUACAAAGAGAGGAGAGAAGGGAGGGAAGGUCCUCAAACAUAUAACUGUAUAUGCUGCUCUAUGUGUUAUCUGGUGUUUCCAAUAAACUUGCCAAGCUGA